CUCCAAUGUCAAUUCCCGAUCCAAGGUCUGAAGCGUUUGAAUUGAAUUUUAAAACUGUAAUAUUUUGCUCUUUCGUAAUUAAUACGAUAUUCAGGUUGUACUACUAGGCUUACUUUUGAGCUAAUGACUUCACAGUCAAGUGGUAAAAACAGAUGAAGCCUCGACUACUGAGGCAUAGUCGAACAUUAGAAAACGGUCCAUGCUAUCGUAUUACGGCCUCGUAGUAUAGUAUAGUUUACGUAAUACAAAAAGCCGAGUCGUCAUAUGUACCUGUGAAAGUUUGUAGAAGAGAAAGUAUCGUUUCUUCAAAUCUUGAAAUGACAGUGACUUUAGCCUUUUAGUAAGCGAAAUCAGGAUGGCUAGACACACCAUAUGUGGAAAUGUUUCAUUCAGAAGAUGCUGUUGCUAUUUUUCUCGAAGUAUCAAUCCAAUGAAAGCAUGUUUUGCUCGACUCAAAACGACGGCGGCUAGGGCUUCUGGCACAAAAAUCUCUCUUGAAAAUGGCGACGAUGCCGAAAACAACGCAGAGAGCCUGCAACUGUCCAACCACAGACCCCGCGUCCUCCAGGGGAAUGGCCGGCGAACCUCGGCGGCCGUGGGGCCAUUACCAGCAACAAUGGCUACGGCGGCAACCUCUUUGGACAAGCGUAGACAUCCUGGAGGCAGGGCAGAUGGUUUAGGCCUAGAUACCGUCUUCUGUGACUGCAAGGAGGCAUAUCGCAGCAAGACCACCUUGGAAAUUGCCAGGGCCUUCUUGGUUUUCAAGUUAUGCCAGUUGAAUUUUCUGGUGAAUUACAACAAAGAGAUCAUGAAAUUCUCCAGGAAGGUUUUCGGUAAACGUCUGUUUGAGCUUGCCAUGGAUGCCACCUUUUAUGGACACUUUGUCGCCGGCCGUGACCAGGUGUCCAUCCAGCCCACCAUCGACCGGCUUGCCCAGUUUGGUGUGGGGUCCAUCCUCGACUACAGUGUAGAGGAAGACAUGCCCCACAGCGACGCUGUGGAGGCAGAGAUGGGGUCCUGUGUGUCUCAUGCUGAAAUGGGAAAAGAAGAAACCCACCUGAAACAGUUUAAAGCCUACCGCGAGUUUGCAGACAGAAGGGCUGACGUGGAAAGUGCACGGACCUACUUCUAUGAAGAUGAGGAAAAAUGUGAUGACAACCUGAAGACCCUGCUGGAUUGUGUGGAUGUUGCUGGUGCUACAUCAAGGGAUGGCUUCACCGCAGUUAAAUUCACCGCCCUAGGCAGACCACAGAUGCUUCUCAAUUUGUCUGAGGUCCUCAUCCGCACCCGACAAGUGUUCGUCCAGAUAGCGGGAACCAACAACGCCCUUAUUGAUUUGCAGCUGACCAAGGAGCAGUUCCAGUCAGAGCUUGAGGCCUUGGGGAUCACAUCGCGCGACGACACGGGAGAGUGGUUCACCUGGAUGGACUACGAUCAGGAUGGUCGUAUUGAUCUCCUCGACUGGGACAGGCUGAUGGAGCCUGAGAUCAAGCUGACGAAAAUUUUCAAAGUCCCCCAAAUACAGAGAGGACAUCUUGAGCCUCUGCAGCUGAGUCUGACCGAGGAGGAGGAGAGUCAGAUGAAGAGGAUGCUGUCUCGCAUCAACACACUGGCCAAGAGAGCCCGGGACAAAGGCGUCAGGUUGAUGAUUGACGCCGAGCAAACCUACUUCCAGCCAGCAAUCAACAGGCUAGCCAUGGAACUCAUGCGCAAGUUCAACAAGGAACAGCCCACCAUAUUCAACACUUAUCAGUGCUACUUGAAGCAAGCAUUCAACAACCUGAGCAUUGACAUGGAACUGGCCCACCGAGAGGGCUUCCACUUCGGUGCAAAGCUCGUCCGUGGCGCUUACAUGGACCAGGAGCGCAAGCGAGCCAAGGAGAUCGGCUACGAGGACCCCAUCAAUCCAAACUAUGAGGCCACGAGUGCCAUGUAUCACCGAUGCCUGGACAUGGUCUUGGAGACAAUCCGGAACCGGGGGAGCGUGAAGAUCAUGGUGGCGUCACACAAUGAAAAAACGGUCUGCUUUGCCGUGGAAAGAAUGGAAGAACUGAAGAUCAAGCCCAAAGAUCGUGUGGUCUACUUUGGCCAGUUGUUGGGCAUGUGUGACCAAGUCUCAUUCCCCCUAGGUCAAGCGGGGUAUGCCGUUUAUAAGUACGUCCCCUACGGCCCUGUUGAAGACGUCCUGCCAUACCUCUCCCGCCGAGCCCUGGAGAACCGGGGCAUGCUUAAGGGUGUCAAGAAGGAGCGUCAACUCCUAUGGCAGGAGCUCAGGCGAAGGAUUCGACAGGGACAGGUGCUGUAUUCUCCCACACAAGCUUGAUCUCAUCCACAACAGAAAAUAAUAACAGCCAGUGGUGCAUCCCUUGCCCCCCCACCCUCUUGGCAUGUUGCCAAGUAUUUUUCCCUUUAGGAAUAAAAAGGGGCCAGCAUUAUUUUUUUACAAACAGUACUACUGCUGUUCUUGGGAUGGAGUAUUGAGGAAUCAUUUAAGUGCCAAAAAAGAAAGUUUCCGAAACCUGUUAUGAAACCCUUAAGACACUGAACAAUAUAUUCUGAAAUGAAAUAAAACUCCUCCCAUUUUUAGCACUGAUGAAGCAAUAAUGUGCUGGACAAUCAGAGGUGAUGAACUGUCUGCAGAUUUCAGCCAGACAAACUGACUGUUAAGAUUUGUAAACAGAAGUGGUGCCAGUUUUGAAGCACUAAUACAUGUUGUUUCACAACAUGACAGAUUGCUUGUGGUUUCUGCAAUCUCGCAGUCAACGAAAGCAGCAUUUGUGUCUUUUGUAGUUGUGUCUUUUGUAGUUGUGAAGUGUGAAGCAUAUCUUCAACCAUACUAAUGUAUGGUUGAAGAUAUUGUUUGGGCAAAUACAGGAUAAAUUUAGUUUCGGUGAUCUCAGAGUAUCUUGAAAACCUGUGUAAGUGUUCUCUGACUGCUUCUGAAGAAAUUUAUGUAUACUUAUUUUGCUAACUCUGCAUACAUUCACUUAUGUUCUCAUUUUUUACUAUUUAUUUCUUACGUGUUUUUCCCCAAAAAGAAAUUGUAUUUCUAUAUAGUUGCAAUAUUGUUUUUCUAGCUUUAUGCAUGCGGUGUCUUUCCAUUCUGUUUAUUUAUCAAGAAAAAUCUGAUGUUAAUAAUGUGUAGUUGCUCUCAAAUGUACUAAUGCAACUAAGUAUUAAUCCUUUUCUGUCUACAGCCCCAUUCUCCAGGUGGACCUUAUUUAGAGAAAUAGGACGCUGUCUUGUGAAAACAGUUGCUCUGCAUUGAACUGGAUGAUCUUUUCUUUUUUUUUUUGAAAAUCAUAGUACAUGUAUAAGGAAGCCAUUCAGCACAGUGGAGGAUUUGAAAGUUUUCUCUACCAAAGGUUCCGAAUGCCUUUAUAAAGACAGGUGAUGUUUGAAGAGGGUAGUACUCGGGCAGGUUAAUGGUAUGAUCGAGCCUUAAGCAUGUAUUUCCCUUUGUAAAAAUUACCAUGAAGGAAAGGGCUUUCCAGCAUCUGCUGCUGUGUCUGGCACAUGUUUCCUUCCACAACUUAGUUUUGCUUAUUGUUCAGGUCCAACACUACAAUGCUAUUGAGCUUUUGUGGUGGAAACGAGACGUUUGAUGGAUUAUUUUGUGAGUCAGCGGUUAUCAAAUAUGCAGUAGCCUUUUUCAAGCAGUGAAAAUUCGUUUAAUUCCUGUCUUCGUGCUAAACAAAUCAUGAUAUUCUUGCAAUCGUGGUUUUCACAAGAACGUGAAACACAUAAAUAUGAAGCCAGCAUUGAACUAAAGGCCAUCCUGAUGGUCAUUAGCUUGUAAAAGUUUUUUAAAGCCACAUUCAAUGAACUUACAAAUCAGGUUCGCUGUGAUUUUAUUCUGUCACAGCAAUACAUUGCUUAACCGAAAGUCCAGUUGAUAUUUUAACCAACCGACCUGAGCUUUCAGGUCAAUUGGUCACUUAUUUAGGUUUGUGUGGCAUCUAAUUUGCAUACCGGUUUGAUUUUUAUUUUUAGUGAAUGACAUUCCUGGAGCUAUUAGUUUGGCUGGAUCUGUGAGCUAGGCCAUGCCUUUUGAUUAUGUAAUGGCAUUGAGCCCAAGAGGGUGUGUCCCCUUAUAAUGACUGACUCUUGGUUGUGGGGCUCAUUCCUGCACCAACCACCUUGGCAUGAAGACUUUUUUUUAGUGAUUUCGUUUUUGUUCCUGAAUUUUCUGUUUCGUUCGGGGGUUAUAGUUACGCCCCAUGGGCCGUCUUGUCGUCGGUUGCAACUCGUCUUUGGAUUUUCUGGCUUUUCUUUAUGAUGCUUUGCCAACCUCCGACUAGUUCCUUGCUCGAAACUUUAUCCUGGAUCGACAUUGAGUUGUCACAUCGAACACCUUUUUAUUAAGGUGUUCUUCAUGCCUCAUAUUUUUGGUAGCCUUGUAUUUCUGACCAACAAUUCAUAAAUUGACUUUAAAUUAGGUUCGUUCUAUAGGAAGCUUUGCUCGAAACUAGAGCAAGUUCCAAAACACCUGCCGUGUUAGGAUACAGUUGUGACUCUUGCAAUUUUCUUUAUACUUUUCUGUAUAUGAGAAUGAGGUUUGAGACACAUAAACCGAAUUUUGAUGUGAUUUAGAA